GGCCCAAUGAGAUGAAACACAAAGGUUACCGCGUUACCGGACACCGGCGGGAGAAACCUUGUUCUGUCUGAAGCCAUCUCCCAGAGCAGUGGCUUUGUUUAUCCGCGGCAAUUCUUCAUUGUGCGUUCAAUUUUGAAGAACAUAGCGGUCCCUGGUUGUUAAGGUGAUUGGAGAACAGUAUGAGUGCAGAGGUUGAAAAGACAUCUCAUAUUGAAUCUAAAAAUGUGAAGAUGUCUGGAGCAACUAUUUCUUCUGCUGCACCUGUGGGAAGCCAAAAGGUUUCCAUGUUUGCAGCAAAGACUGGGUUUGUUAUACCAAAAAACAAACUUUCAGGGUCUUUGGUUCCAAUCUUUCGGGUGAACAAAAAGUUGGGAGGGAAUGAAUCAUCAGCUAAUGGAGAAAAUGAUAAACAGACCCAAAGAAAUACAAAGUGGGGUCCUGAUUUAACACAAGAUACUGCAAUUAGAAAGGGGCGGCUCAUAGCUUAUCAGACUCGAUUGGAACAAAUCAUGGAACUUCUUAAGUCUGGAACCUUGGAGGUUUCAAAGACACAAGAUUCAACAUUAGAAGGUGAGAAUGUAGAGGAUAAUUCUCCUGGAUCCCAAGCGAAUAGUAAGAUGUCGUACAAUGAACUUUUGGAACUUGAAAAACGUGAAGUUAUUGGUGAAAUACUAAAACUAAAUCCAAGUUAUAAGGCCCCUCCUGAUUAUAGGCCAUUGUUGAAAGAGGACAGGUUACCUCUCCCGGUUAAAGAAUAUCCCGGUUUCAACUUUAUUGGCUUAAUAUACGGCCCUAGUGGUGAAAAUCAAAAGCGACUAGAAAAGGAAACUGGAGCCAAAAUACGAAUUUGUGGUGUUAAAGCUGGGACUGGUGAAAAGGAUGAAAUUAAACCAACUGAUGUACACGGAGUUCAGAAUACUUAUGAAGAGCUGUAUGUUUACAUGUCAGCUGAUACAUUUGAUAAGAUCGAUGCUGCAAUUUCUGUUAUAGAACUCCUAAUCACCUCAAUAUCGGGAAAUCUGGCCACUGGUUCCACAAUGUCUGAUUUGGUUUCUACGGAGGAAAGUUCUUCCAGGCAAGCUGAGGGUACUGCAGUAUCAGAUAUGGGGCAGAAUCCUAUGCCGAACCAGGGGGUUAUGCAACAAGGACAAGUUUACGGGCCACCUUCAGUGCCAGGGCAGUUUCAUUACCCUAGUACGUGGCCUUCUCACAAUUUAACGCCAGCUCCUGAAUUUAUUUCCCCACACAAUCCUCCGUCAUCAAUUAUAAACAAUCCAAUCCAUCUAUCAACACCCAGUUCAAAUGUCCCUAAUGUACCGUUGUCAUUUGCACGUCCACCCGCUCCAGUUGCUUUCAAUCCAGCUUUCCGAGGUCCUCCUGUUCCCCCUCCUAGACAACAGUUACAUGCACAAGACUUACAGCAACCUUUCAUCAGUCAAACCAAUCAUGUUGGCCAACCCAGGCUUCAUGCUUUGUCGCUUCAACAGCUGCCCUCAUUGGUUCCAUCUAAUGUCUCAAAACCAAAUUUCACUGGUAGUGGUCCAUUACCUUCAGGACUACUCCCAAAUACGUCAGGAUCAUCUUUGCCUCAACUUCUUCCCAGUAACGUUCCUCCAGGAUCACGGCCUGAUCGCCCAUUGACACCUAGCAUAGUUGGCAGUUCAGUAUCUAUGGGUGCAAAUAACAUGGGGCAGAUGGCUCCAUCACUUCCCUUGCCAUUCGGGCCUCGAGCAGUUCCACCUCAGGGUGUUAAUAUUUCUGGCGCAGCACCUGCAGAUACAGCGGCAGCCAAUAUGGAUGGAUAUGCAUCUUUUCCUUCUGGACCUUCCACUCCCCAAGCAACAGGUGGUAUAAAUACAAAUCACCCUAAUACAGCUCCAAUUCCAUCUCACCAGAUGGGGCAUCGCCCGCCAUUUUCGGUGCCUUCAGCACUGUUACCCUCAUCUGCACAUAAUCCUCCUGGUAACUUCAUUGGUGGAUCUGCUUCAAACCCUCCAACACCACCUACCAAUACAAGCAAUUUUACAUUCCAACCACGUGGCCCACAAAAUCCAUCUCCUCAAACAAAUUUGAAUUUAAACAUUCAAAACACACCAACGGGACUUACAUUGCAACAGCCUGCAUCUGGGGCACCAUCUUUCCAUCCAUCAGCCCCAAAUUUUCUGAGAGUUGCCAAUCAACCCUUUCCCGGACCCCAAGCUGGCAGCCAGAUAGGUACUCAUCAAAUUCAAGAUAUCGCUUCUAAUCCUAUUGGCAUUCAAGUCUCAACUAGAAUUCCUGCAUUUCUCGAUCCAGGUCCUCGAACACAACUGCAUCAAAGAAACUUUGGUCCAGGAUUGCAAAUGCCAAACUUGCCAGGGAAUUUUCCUCACAGACCAGGAACCUCCAUACAAUUUGAGCAAGAGUUCCACAUGCGAGCACGUCGACCUGAACUCCGCUUUACUCCCCCACUUUACAGUAGCAAUCUGACGUUUGUUUCUGGUAAGCUACCACCCAGUUCCGGAGGACAGCAAGUUUACGAUCCAUUCUCGCCUACAUCUGUAUCUGGCCCACAACAUCAGGGGAGCAAUCCGCUGAGAUGAGCUGCAUCAGGUGUUAAUAGUUCUGAAUUUGUCCAGCGUUGCACUUAUACGACGGAGAGGGAAACAGUUCAAAUUUCCCUCUAGGGCCCCUAAAUGACCAUUCUGUGAUGAUGUAGGUUGCUAGGGGUGAUGGAAAAUCUCUUGAACUUCAAUAUUGAAAUCUGACUUUGUGUUCAUGUUCUAAAAAAAUGAAAAUUACUUAGAAUGGAUGUCA